AUGAUAAAAUUUGCUCAAAUAAUUCUCGAUUUGGAAACAGUAAAUAAACUUUUGGAAUCUUAUAUGUCAUCAAUACAUUUACAUUAUAAUGCAUUAAUUCCACAUUUAAGUAAUCCAACACCAAUGGACAGGCCUGAAAUAUUCAGAAAAACAUGCAAUACACAUGCCUUCCAAAUCGUCAAACAUUGUAACAGUGAAUUAAAUGUUCGCAACAAACGAAUACUUCAUUUAAUAACUUCAUUAAUUUCUCUACUUUUACAGCUUCGAACAAUUGGAGCAGAAAAGAAACGUCUCAGCCCUCUAGAUUCCCAAAUAUUUGCAGAAUCAUUAAAACAAAUUCGGUUACACAUUGCCCCUAAAAAUGCAGCAGCUUUUCAAGAUUAUAUUGAAGUACAUAUGAAACAAAUAUUAAAAAUGACAAAACAAUGA